AGCAGUUUUUAGAGAUAGCAGCGGUCACUCAUGACUUGCCUUGGUCAUUCAUGUUUAUUGUUUAGAGUGAACGCGUCUGGUGAUGCCUGAAAAAUUUAUUGACGCACACGUCGACGUAAUAAACACAUGACUAUAUGGGUAGUGCUCAGAGAAGAGGGGAGACUAGUUGGAACCAUGUCGUCCCGAUCCUUCCGACCCUGUGUGAAUUUAUGUCGGAACAUUAUCCGGGCAGUUUAGAUCAAAUGCAAAAAUGGAUAGAAGUUGGUUUUCCUUCAAACGGAAGUUUGAGCGAGAAUCAAUUAAAACAGUUGGAGGUGCAACUGAGGGAGAUGGAGAUGAGCGCGACGGCUCAGCAUGCAGCCUUAUCAAAGAAAAAGCAGAAGAAUGUGAUAUUUAAGGCAGACUGGGAAGCCUUUGGAAUGUGGGAAUUUGAGUCAAAAAAAAGGGAGAGACAGAGAUUGAAAGCAUUUAAUUCGCUAAAAUCCAAAAAGCCGACAAAGAAUGUUAACAAGUGUCAUUGCAUUCACCCAAAUACUGUGUAUUCUUGUCUUUCUGAGGUACUGAGAGAAUCGGUGGCUCCAGACCUGGAUUCCGCCCCCCCCUUUCCUCCUCUUCCUCAGUCAAAUGCAGCACACGCUUCAGCAAACAUGAGAAGUGGACAGCAGCCAGACUCAAUCACCAACGAGACGACCUCCUCACCGGCCGUGACCCGCCUACAGUCUCAACAGGGGAGGGUCAUGUUGCAGGAAGAGAGGGGGGCUACAGCUCUCAUGCCGAUGAAAGAAGUGGUGGGGGCAGAAGGCCUGAUGCAGGUUUUAGGACCCGAGUCAGAUGCAGAUAUAAAUGAAGCAAUGAUUCAUGUCUGCAAUCCAAAAAACGAUCUCACUAAAUGGGAGACUGAUCUUAGGCAAUUUGUCAGACAAUAUCGUCCCACCAUGUUACAAUUACGGCGGUUGAUGGGCAAGGUGCUGAAACAUGAUUAUCACAAAAUUCGGAAUGUUUUCAACAUUGCAAGAAUGACUUUCCACCUGAGUGAGCCACUCUACGAGGAUCCCGAAAAUGUGGAUUUUCGAAAUGCUGUUGAUGUCCUCAUUGCAACCGUAAAAGAAACGUUCCCUUUGAAACUAAACCUUUCCGAUAUCACCUCUUUGUCACAAGGGCCACAAGAGACAUGCAGUUUCUGUCUGUCACGCCUGACGACAGCCCUUGACACUCAAUGCAGCUUCACCGGACACAGUCCAAGAGGGACACAGACUCUGGAACAAUGCAAAGACCAUCUGGAAGAGCGUUUCGUGAGCGGGACGAGACCAAAACUCCGGCAGAUGGUGAGAAAAUCAUAUGUUCCACUAACAGAUGUCCUAAAGCACGCUGAACAUGCUAAGGCGGAGUUGCACAGAAAAGAGAUGCUUGCAACGAUCAACACACUUGCAAGACAAAUACGGAAUAUUCCUCCAUGGCAACUUGGGAGGACAAGAGGUCGAGGCAGAGGCAGAAUGGAUCUGACCUUGGAAAGAUAUGAUUCAAGUGUGUGCUACAACUGCGGAGGGCAUGGACACUGGCGAACAGAGUGUCCGGAGCCCAAAAAGGAAGACCCACUUUUUACACGGCUGAGCGGAGGGAGGCGGGGGAGGGGCGGAUCCCAGAGACGGACAACCCUCUCCAGGACAAACAAGUAAGGCACACUACACAAAAGGGAAACAAAAGAAGCAAACAUUAACAUUGAUUUUCUAACUAUCCUUUAAAGAUGUUUUGACUCAGAAGCUUAAAUCUCAUUUGUAAAAUUGAAAUUCCCAUUAUUUUAGGCUAUAAGAAAUAGCUCAAAACCACUCUGUAGCGAAAAGAGUGAAAAACUAAUAUUAGACCAUGGAGCUUCAGUUGCUCAUGAUCUUUUCACAUUGCAUACAGUACUUCAGCAGAAGAUUACAUGCCAUUAUUACAUUGUCAUGUAAGCAUAGGAAGUAUUGGUGAGAGAGGGCUGCUGUUGUGUCUGUCUGUGUGUCUCCCUCCGUCUCAGGAAAUGUUCCUUGCAGCUGCCCUGCAUAUAUCACUGACAGACUAUCGCACUGGGAAGGGCGAGGAUCUGGGUCCAUGUUUUGCAAUGCGUCUCGGCCUUUCAAAAGAAACAACGACCGGGUGCUGAGAAACCUAGGGACUAGCGCUAUUGCACUUCACACACAGGUGAAAUCUACACUUCCCUCACCAGCCACUGCGGUCCAGCAUCACCUGAAACCAGGAGACUGGGUGCUCAUCAAGGAUCACAGGAGGAAGCACGGGAAGCAGACACAUUACACGGGUCCCUUCCAAGUACCCCGACAACGGAGACGGUGAUGAGAGUGGAAGGAGAACAACGUAGGUCUACGCCAGCCACUGCAAACACAUCCCAGAUCCAGAAGGAGAAGGAGCAGCUGCUACAGAUCCGGACUGAGGGGAAGGGUGAGAAAAGCGAGCGCCUUCCUCCAUCAAGUAGCAUGCCAAGCUACCAACAAGCGCACCCUUAGCAGUGAAGUAACCGAACACCUCACUUAUUUUGUGUGGCUGGGGAGAAACCCGAGUUUCUCAAACUGCAAAGCUGUCAUACAGAAAUCAGUGUGGUAGGAGGUGAACUCAUGUGAAAAGGUGACGCCACCCAAGGAACAGUGAUGGAAGAAAGAUCUCCAGCAUCACGACACUCCUUUGAGGAGCACGGGUGCAGCCAGAGCAAAAGCAUCCACUAACUGCUCUCUCUGACCACGACAGCAAGGAUACUGUUCCUGAACUUUGAAAUUCAAUUACAAGACAUAAACGGCAAAGAUACCAGCCCGUUUCAUCUCACGAAGAAGUGGCAGGAAUUGCCCAACAGGACGAUGUGUUCCCUCUCCUCAAUAGAUUGAUUGAUAUGUUAAUAUGGACAAACAACUUCGUCAAAUAAUAUGUGAGUGGUGUUAAGUGGUCGACCAGCAGGUCAGUAAAGCACAGCCAAAACCAGCACCUAUUGGAAACAUGUACUUUUAAGCCCAACACAGUAUCUAUUCGAUUAGAAAAUAGGUAUACAGAGCAUACCUUGAGUAAAUAAAUUCAAAGUCAAGCAUUCAUCUUGGACUAAAAGCAGAAUUGUAUUAAAUCUUUAACUAAGACCAGACCUAGAGGUGAAGAUUCACCAAACCAAAACCAUCCAUUCUGAUCCAUUCUUUGACUAAUGUCAGCUGUCGUGUUAAUUUCUACGUGUUAGAGGAUAACUACUUGAGAAUAGUGUGUAACUAAACAAGAUCAGUACAUAGUGGGUAUUAGUAGACAAAAACCAUACUUUGCACUCAGAGGUUAAUGAUGUAAUGUCUUGAAAUCUUUGUGACUCUACACCACGGAUGUUUGCUCUAAGAAUGUUUAACAUUGUGUUACUAUUUUUUCAGUUUAAAUUGUCAAAUAUGACAAAAAGAGAGGAUUGUUGGAGUAGAAAAUGUGUUUUAGAAGUUCUCUCUCUCCUGGAAUGUGUUAAACAGUUGUCCCUCCUGAAUGUCUAUGGAGGAUAAUCUAAUCCUGUGUGGGGUCAUGUGAAAAGGUCACAACCCAGGCUCUCAUGGGAAAAGGUCACACCAAGGGGUCUUGAACUGAGCUUGAACCUAGCAGAAUAAACAAGCCUUCGGGGUGUCUCAACUUCCUCUAAUAGGUAACAGAUGGACUUUGGAAUGUGGAUUCUCUCUGAGAUCUAUAAAGGUUGCAGGCUUGCACUGAGACAGCAGCAGUUAUUUCUGACGGCCUUGAGAGAAGGCUCAGGGAUCCUGCUCCAUUCAGCUGAAUGGUUUCAUGACUUGUUUGUUAUUUAGCGUUUGGUAGAUGACUUGUAAACUUGUUACUAUAAUAAAGUGUUAUGGGUCAACCAUG